AGCUCUCUGCAGCCGCAGGCUCUACCGAUACUUCCUGAUGCACCUGAGCAGGUGAGAGGAGGAGCAGCAGAGCGUCUCUACUGUCUGACUGCGGCGGCCUGUGGCAUGAAAACACAGCGAAUGAUCAGAGUUAAGCUCCAGCUUCAGGGAUGACAGAAUGUUCAAGAACUCAGCUGGUGAGCGCCAUCCAUUUACAGGAGGUGGAACUGCAGGAAAAAGCUGCAGACAACCAGCAGGGAAACGGUAGCAGUAACAACAAUGCAGAUGAGAAGUUCACAGUGGAGCAGGCUGUGGAGACCAUCGGCUUCGGACGCUUUCACGUCCUGCUGUUUGUCAUCAUGGGCAGUGCCAAUAUCGUGGAGGCGAUGGAGAUCAUGCUGUUAGCUGUGGUUUCUCCAGAGAUUCGGUGCGAGUGGCGUCUGGAGGACUGGCAGGUUGCUCUCGUCUCCACCAUGGUGUUUGUUGGCUUCAUGGUUUGUGGAGUCUUGGCCGGUUAUGUUGCUGACAGAUAUGGACGCUGGAAGGUGGUGUUUGGAGGUUACGUGUGGAGCUCGUAUUUCUCUCUGCUCACAUCGUUCGCCCCGACGUACGGCUGGUUUAUCUUCCUGCGCAGCAUGGUGGGCUGCGGCGUGGCGGGGGUGUCACAGGGGUUUGUGCUGAAGACAGAGUUCAUCCCUGCCAAGUACCGGGCCUACCUCCUGCCUCUGGGUUCUAUUUUCUGGAUGACCGGCUCCAUACUGAUCAUCCUCCUCGGGAUGCUGGUGGUUCCCACUAUGGGCUGGAGGUGGAUGAUCCGGCUCUCCAUCACUCCCAGCAUCAUCCUCAUCUUCCUCUUUAAGUUUAUUCCUGAGUCUGCUCGGUACAACGUGUCUGCUGGAAACGUUGAUGCUGCCGUUAAAACGCUGCAGCGGAUCGCCAGAAUGAACCGAGCUUCUCUUCCUCCUGGACGGCUGGUGGAGCCUGCUCUGAAGGAACGUGGCAGCUGGAGGAUUCUGCUGAGCUCAGCUUAUAGGAGGACAUCUCUGCUGCUCUGGUACUCAUGGUUUGUGGCGUCCUUCGCCUACUACGGCUCCGUGCUGAGCAGCUCGGAGCUGCUCGAGAAGAACCUGUUGUGUGUGAUAAAUGCUGACAAAGAGCAUCAGGUCAAACACCGGCAUGAGAACGGACUCUGUUACUGCAUCCCCUUUGGAAACAACGACUAUCACACGCUUCUCAUCAGCUCCCUGGGAGAGGUUGCUUUGGUUCCACUAAACAUUAUUCUGCUCAAUGUGUUUGGGCGGAAGAUAAGCCUUUCUGUGCUCCAGCUGCUGACGGCUGUUCUGUUCAUGAUGGUCAAUAUCUGCACCACGAUGUUUGGAUUCACGGUUCUCCUCUUUCUGCUCCGGUCUCUGGUCUCCAUGAAUUUUAAUGUGGUUUACAUUUACACAGCUGAGGUAAGUCAUGUCUUAGAAGACUUUAAUGUAAAGACUUGCAGUCUUACUGAAACAUUAAGGUCUGCAAGAAAGAGUACUGCAAACACACAAAGGACCAUAUUUUUGUUUUGUUUUUGUGAAUAAAUCUUUCCCCUGCUCCCGUUUAGUCAGCCAGGUGCCUUAGAGGCAUGCUAUAGGAGCCACAGUUAUACUUAAGCAUUAUAUAACAAAAGCUUUUGUUUUUCUAUAGCAGGGGUUCCCAAACAUUUCAGCCUCUUACUCCAGAAAUAACACAAUAGGGACUGGCAACCCUAAAAAUGCAUAUUUAAAUAAUUAUUUUAGUUAUAAGUUAUAAAAAUAUGUCUUUAACUAUUCAAAGCGACAUCUAUUUAUCCAUUGUAUAUUAAAUA